AUGGAAAGAGCUGUGACACAUUUCAUCCUCCUGGGAGUCAUCUCAGGUUUAACCAAAGGAGUAAAUGUGUUGCCAGAUGGACCUCUGAAUGCAGCUGUGGGAGGGACAGUGAUAUUCAACACAACACUGACUCCACCAGAAAAACCAUUUCUGGCAGUGGCCUGGAGUGUUACUACUAACAAUACUGAAAGAUUUAUCAUAACCUCUGUUUCUUCAAACAUCACUGAUCCAGAGUAUGAAGACAGGAUCACCCUCUACAGAGCUACUGGAUCUCUGGAGCUCAGGGAUCUGACUCUUAAUGUAAGUAAGUACGGAGUUAGAAUUACACCAGAUGGAGGAAACCUGAUAACAGGAUCCACCGAACUGAAGAUAUUUGUGCCAGUCUCCAAUGUAAAGGUAGAAGUCAGCAGCACAGACUUGGUGGAGUUCAACAGCUCUGUCAUUCUUUCCUGUUUUUCUUCUGGAUCCUCCCUCUCUUUCCUCUGGCUGAACGGCAGCUCUGAGGUUACAGCCAGUGAGAGAGUUCAGCUCACUGAUGGAAACUCCACUCUCACUAUAUUCAGUGUGACCCGCUAUGACCAGGGACCAUACAGCUGCAACAUGUCCAAUGCUGUCAGUGAAGGCACCAGUGAUCCAGUAAAUCUUUCCAUCAGCUUUGGCCCAGAAAACAUUAAUUUAUCUCCAACACAAGAAUACUAUGUUGAAGGGUCAAGCAUCAGCCUGUCCUGCUCAGCUGCCUCCAGACCCCCUGCUCAGUUUCAGUGGUUUCUGAAUGGAGUCAAGCUGUCUGAUACUGGACCAGAGCUCACAUGGAUUAACGUUCAGGAGAGUCAGAGUGGGAACUACAGCUGUCAAGCCUUUAACCACAGAACUCUGAGAUAUCAAACAUCUCAGCCUUCAGCUAUAACUGUACUGGUGCCAGUCUCCAAUGUAAAGGUAGAAGUCAGCAGCACAGACUUGGUGGAGUUCAACAGCUCUGUCAGUCUGUUCUGUUCUUCUUCUGGAUCCCCCCUCUCUUUCGUCUGGCUGAACGGCAGCUCUGAGAUUAAACCCAGAGAGAGAGUUCAGCUCAGUAGUGGAUACUCCAAUCUCACUAUAUUCAGUGUGACCCGCUAUGACCAGGGACCAUACAGAUGCAAAGUGUCCAAUGCUGUCAGUGAAGGCACCAGUGAUCCAGUAAAUCUUUCCAUCAGCUUUGGCCCAGAAAACAUUAAUUUGACGCUAUCUCCAACACAAGAAUACUAUGUGGAAGGGUCGAACAUCAGCCUGUCCUGCUCAGCUGCCUCCAGACCCCCUGCUCAGUUUCAGUGGUUUCUGAAUGGAGUCAAGCUGUCUGAUACUGGACCAGAGCUCACACUGAUUAACAUUCGGGAGAGUCAGAGUGGGAACUACAGCUGUCAAGCCUUUAACCACAAAACUCUGAGAUAUCAAACAUCUCAGCCUUCAGCUAUAACUGUACUGGUGCCAGUCUCCAAUGUAAAGGUAGAAGUCAACAACACAGACUUGGUGGAGUUCAACAGCUCUGUCAGUCUGUCCUGCUCUUCUUCUGGAUCCUCCCUCUCUUUCGUCUGGCUGAACGGCAGCUCUGAGGUUAAACCCAGUGAGAGAGUUCAGCUCACUAAUGGACACUCCACUCUCACUAUAUCCAAUGUCAUCCGCUAUGACCAGGGAUCAUACAGCUGCAAAGUGUCCAAUUCUAUCAGUGAAAACACCAGUGAUCCAGUAAAUCUUUCCAUCAGCUUUGGCCCAGACAACAUUAAUUUGAUGCUAUCUCCAACACAAGAAUACUAUUUGGAAGGGUCAAGCAUCAGCCUGUACUGCUCAGCAGCCUCCAGACCCCCUGCUCAGUUUCAGUGGUUUCUGAAUGGAGUCAAGCUGUCUGAUACUGGACCAGAGCUCACACUGAUUAACAUUGAGGGGAGUCAGAGUGGGGACUACAGCUGUCAAGCCUUUAACAUCAAAACUCUGAGAUAUCAAACAUCUCAGCCUUCAGCUAUAACUGUAGUGGAGAGAAUUUCUGCUGUUAAUAUCACAUCAACAGACCAAAUGAUCGAGGGGAACUCUGUCAACCUAACCUGCGAUGGUGCUGGCUCUGAC